AUGCCUCAGAGCGCUUCGCCCUUUCUCCACAUGGGGCAGCCCAAGGCCAAUUCCCUCGCCAUCAUCCACCUCUCACGCGACCGACUACAGCCCCUUUACCUGGAAGAAGUAGAUGGCGAACAUGACGGAUACGCCGAGGGCGCCGUGCUGAACACUCGAUUCGGCUCCUUCCCGCACUCGACCUUCAUCGGUGUGCCUUGGGGUUCCCAGGUCCGUGCCUCAAAGGUCGACACCGGCUCGAGGGGUCGCAAGCCCCAGCAGAAGAAGCGCAAGCGCGAUGGCCAGGACGAAGCAGAGCCCAAAGCUACCGAGGCCGACGAGCAGAGCACUCCGGCGGAGGGCGAGCAGAAGUCAGGGGCCAAGCAGGCUGUUGCCGCGGCGAGUGGGUUCGUCCACAUUCUGGCGCCGAGCCCGGAGCUGUGGACCAUGAGUCUGCCGCACAGGACGCAGGUUGUCUAUACUCCAGACUACAGCUAUAUCCUGCAAAGGAUACGGGCGCGACCCGGCAGCAAGAUCAUCGAGGCGGGUGCAGGAAGUGGAAGUUUCACACAUGCCUCGGCAAGGGCCGUCUACAACGGCGUGCCUGGUGCUACUGUCGAGGGUCCAAGGCUGAACUCUAUAGACUCGGGGAAGGGACAGGUCUUCAGCUUCGAGUUCAACGAGCCGCGGUAUCAUUCAAUGUGCAAGGAGAUCUCAUCACACAAGCUGGAUGACAUCGUUCGCAUCACUCAUCGUGAUGUCUACAACGAUGGUUUCCUAGUAGACGGCCAGAGCCCAAAUGCGGAAGCAGUGUUUCUCGAUGUUCCUGCGCCCUGGCAAGCCCUGCCAAACCUGGUGCGGAGGAGAUACAAGGUUGUGGAAGGAGAACCUGCCGCCGAUGGGCAGCCGCCUGCAAAAAGACAAGUGCUGGACGAGAGCUACGUAUCGCCUUUAAACCCCAAGAAGAGUGUAUAUCUAUGCACAUUCUCUCCAUGCAUCGAGCAGGUCACGCGCACUAUCUCGACAAUGCGCCAGUUGGGGUGGAUGGACAUUGAGACCGUCGAGGUCUCCAACAAGCGUAUCAAUGUCAAUCGCGAAAAGAUCGGGCUGACCGUCGCGACCGAACGCGGCAUGGCGCAGACCCCAGUGGACGUCGACGAGUCGGUCGCGAGGCUGAGAAAGAUCGAGGCGCGGGUCCGGGAGCAUCAAAAAGCGAUACACGACCCCGACAUCGAGGAUGCGGAUGCUUACAUGAGGGACACGUACGAAGACCCGGUCGACGACAGCGUCGCCGAGGGAUCCUCCACGCUACCGCCAUUCAUGCAAGGGCGCCUGGUUACACGGACCGAGGCUGAUGUCAGGACCCACACGUCCUAUCUGACCUUUGCAGUGCUGCCGCGCGAAUGGACGGCCGAGGACGAGGCCGCCGCCCUGGCGAAAUGGCCCUGUGGCAAAGAGAAUCAAGUCAUUGGCAGCCUGGACAAGAACGCACGCAAGCAACAGAAGCGGGACAUGCUGGAGGCGAAGCGGAAGAAGAAGACGGCGAACAAGGAGAGGAAGGGUGAGAAGGGCAACAAAGCCGCCGAGCCGGAUCAGACAGACGGGGAUUUAGCGACUGACGUCUCGAUAAAUCAACAGCAGCAGCAGCAGCAGCAGCAGAAUCAACCACAGGCGACCGAGCUGGACAAGGAGUCGAACACUCAACUGAAGCGUGAGCGUGGAUUCGAGGAUGCGACUGAUCAUGAUCCAAAGAGAGCGAGGCUUGAUCAGUCAUGA